AUGAAGACCCCAGCCCCUACCUACACUUGCAGCACCGUGCUCAUCCUGCUCAUGCUACUGGCUGCCCUCCAGGCCACCACUGCCCGAGAGAAUGACAUUGACAUCUACAGCCUCACUGUGGACUCCAAGGUCUCAUCCCGUUUUGCCCACACGGUUGUCACCAGCCGGGUGGUCAAUAGGGCCGAUACAGUCAAGGAGGCCAUCUUCCAGAUGGAGCUGCCCAAGAAAGCCUUCAUCACCAACUUUUCCAUGAUCAUCGAUGACGUGACCUACCCAGGGAACAUCAAGGAGAAGGCUGCAGCCCAGGAGCAGUACAGCAGGGCCGUGGCCAGGGGCCAGAGCGCGGGCCUGGUCAAGGCCACUGGCAGAAAGAUGGAGCAGUUCCACGUGUCGGUCAGCGUGGCCCCGGCUGCCAAGAUCACCUUCGAGCUGGUGUAUGAGGAGCUGCUCAAGCGGCAACUGGGGGUGUACGAGCUGCUGCUCAAAGUCCAGCCCCAGCAGCUGGUCAAGCACCUGCAGAUGGACAUUCACAUCUUUGAGCCGCAGGGCAUCAGCCUCCUGGAGACGGAGAGUACCUUCAUGACCAAAGAGCUGGCAAAUGCCCUCACCAUCUCACAGAACAAGACCAAGGCUCACAUCCGAUUCAAGCCAUCACUCACCCAGCAGCAAAAGUCUCCAGAGCAGCAGGACACGGUCCUGGAUGGCAACUUCAUCGUCCGCUAUGAUGUGAACCGGCCUGUCUCGGGGGGCUCCAUUCAGAUCGAGAAUGGCUACUUUGUGCACUACUUUGCCCCUGAGGGUCUGCCCACCAUGCCCAAGAAUGUGGUCUUCGUCAUUGACAAGAGCGGCUCCAUGAGUGGCAGAAAAAUCCAGCAGACCCGGGAGGCCCUGAUCAAGAUCCUGGACGACCUCCGCCCCAAUGACCAGUUCAACCUCGUCGUCUUCAGCAAGGAGGCAACUCAGUGGAAGCCAUCACUGGUGCCAGCCUCGGCCCAGAAUGUGAAAGAGGCCAAGAGCUAUGCUGCCAGCAUCCAGGCCUUGGGAGGGACCAACAUCAAUGAUGCGAUGAUGAUGGCCGUGAAGCUGCUGGACAGCAGCAACAAGGAGGAGCUGCUGCCUGCUGGGAGCGUCUCCCUUAUCAUCCUGCUCACUGACGGCGACCCCACCGAGGGGGAGACCAACCCUGCGAAGAUCCAGAAGAACGUGCGGGAAGCCAUAUAUGGCCAGUACAGCCUCUUUUGCCUGGGCUUCGGCUUUGAUGUCAGCUACGCCUUCCUGGAGAAGAUGGCACUGGACAACGGUGGCCUGGCUCGGCGCAUCUAUGAGGACUCGGACUCCGCCCUGCAGCUCCAGGACUUCUACCAGGAGGUGGCCAACCCAUUGCUGACUGGGGUGGCCUUCGAGUACCCUAGCAACGCUGUGGAGAAGGUCACACAGGAAAACUUCCGGCUCUUCUUCAAAGGCUCAGAGAUGGUGGUGGCCGGGAAGCUCCGGGACCAGAGCUCCGAUGUACUUUCGGCAAAAGUCAGCGGGCGGGUGCACAAGCAGAACUUCACCUUCCAAACGGAGUCCAAUGUGGCUGAGCAGGAGGAGGAGUUCCGGAGCCCCAAGUACAUCUUCCACAACUUCAUGGAGAGACUCUGGGCGUACCUGACCAUCCAGCAACUGCUGGAACAAAUUAUUUCUGCAUCAGACGCUGAGCGGCCAGCCCUCGAGAACAAAGCUCUGAGCCUGUCACUCAACUACAGCUUUGUCACACCUCUCACAUCUAUGGUGGUCACCAAACCUGAAGGCCAAGAACAGUCUCAAGUUGCUGAGAAGCCCAAGGAAGACGACUCCUAG